ACCAUACGAACCUUUGGGCCAAGAUCAGGCCCAGCCUAUCUCUUAGGUACGAGCCCAGGAAGCGACAACACAAGCAAGGAAGACAGAAAAAGAAAGAGAGAAAGAAAGAAAGAAAAAGGCAAAGCAAGAGAUGGGGUGCGGAGGCGGAGGAGAUGCUGACGAAGGCGACGAGGCGAAGGGAAAGGAGGAUGCGCUCGCAUCCAGUAGGCUCCUCGAUCCGGAAUUCAAGCCCUCCAAGCUGUCCCAAGAUCAGCUCGACAAGUUUAAGGAAUUGCACAAGAAAUGGCUACAAAUAAAGGAAAAAACAAAAUCCAAAGGAAAACCUAAAGGAAGAACUGGGGCGAAUACAAAUGUAGCCAAUGAUUCUAAAUUUAAUAAUAAGGAUAAAUCAAUUGAUAGUGCCGCAAUAGAUGUACAGCAUACAACAUCAACUACAGGAGCCCAAGCGAAUCUUGCACCGUCCCUGCCCUUGAGGAACAAAAGGAAGUUGCAUUGGGGGCUUGAUGUUAAAGAACGGUGGGAGAGGAAAGCAAACAUGUGAAUUUCUGAAGAUCAUUUAAAUUCUCAGAGCAAAGCAACCCUCCAUGUAAACGGCAAAAAAAUCUUUAUGCCUUCUUGAUGACCUAGUUGGAUGUAUUCAUCUUUCUGUCAGCAGGCAGAAUAGGUGGGCAAAAACCCACAAGACCUAGGAAGCAAAUUUCCUGGUUUGCAGUUUUCUGUCUGAUGCCUUAUGCAGGUUAUGUAGCUAGAUAUUCCUAUGUUCCUUUUGUUUUAAGUACCUGUCCAGAUCUCUUAUUGGGCACUUGAGGCCCAUGCCCCGCAGGUUAUAGAACAGCCUGCUUAGCGAGACAGGGAAGGCAUUGAAAAAUCCUGUCUCAAAUGUUGUGUACGAUUAUGACAUGCUGCCGUUGCUGCUUUUACCGCAAAUUAUAAGUUUGUCCCCUUGUGGGCCACUUGCAUGA